GGAGUCGUAGUCCAGAUUUGCUAUGUCUGGAAGGAUCCAAAGGGCAUCGGAGGCCAGCCCGCCCCCUCGCUACUAGAGGUCGAGUUCUUCCGCUGCUCAUUCUCUCGGGCGGAGCCUUCCCUGAACCCGGCUACGUUUGUCUGUGCUACCGUCUCUCUUCUGGGUUUCAAUCAAGUUUUCCUCUUCCUCCCCUGGUGCGGAGCUCAAGAUGGCGGCCUCAUGGUCGCCCUUGGUUACGCUGCGCUUAACGCAGAGCCGGCUCAGAGGGAGAUGUGUUGGGUGCAGGGCUUGGGCCGCUGCUCUCACCCCUUCGGCCAUCGCCCCUGGAAACCCUCUUUGUAAAGCCUAUUCAGUUCAGUCGCCUGAGAGUAUGUCUCCAACUGCUGCUACAGAGGCUUAUUCAAAAGCUUUAGCUGUUUGCCAUGGACCAUUGGACCACUAUGACUUUCUGAUCAAAGCUCGUGAGCUAAAGGAUGAUGAACAUCAAAGAAGAGUCAUACAAUGUCUGCAGAAACUGCAUGAGGACCUUAAAGGAUACAGGAUAGAGGAAGGCGGGCUUUUUUCUAAGCUUUUUUCAAGGAGCAAACCUCCAAGGGGCCUGUAUGUUUAUGGAGAUGUGGGUACAGGGAAAACAAUGGUGAUGGACAUGUUUUAUGCUUAUGUGGAAAUGAAGAGGAAAAAACGUGUUCAUUUUCAUGGUUUCAUGCUAGACGUUCACCAAAGAAUACACCGCCUUAAACAGAGUUUGCCAAAGAGGAAACCAGGAUUCAUGGCUAAAUCAUACGAUCCAAUAGCUCCUAUAGCUGAAGAAAUUAGUGAAGAAGCAUGUCUCUUAUGUUUUGAUGAAUUUCAGGUCACUGACAUUGCUGAUGCCAUGAUUCUGAAACAGCUUUUUGAAAAUCUGUUCAAAAAUGGGGUCGUCGUUGUGGCAACAUCCAACAGGCCACCGGAAGAUCUCUAUAAAAAUGGACUCCAAAGAGCUAAUUUUGUCCCAUUCAUAGCUGUCCUGAAGGAAUAUUGUAAUACAGUCCAGCUAGAUUCUGGGAUAGAUUAUCGGAAAAGGGAACUUCCUGCUGCAGGAAAACUCUACUACCUCACAAGUGAAGCUGAUGUGGAGGCUGUCAUGGAUAAGUUGUUUGAUGAGCUGGCUCAGAAACAAAAUGAUUUAACUAGACCAAGGAUUCUAAAAGUGCAAGGCAGAGAGCUGCGGCUGAAUAAAGCUUGUGGAACCGUUGCCGACUGCACAUUUGAAGAGCUGUGUGAGAGACCACUUGGAGCCAGUGACUAUUUGGAACUGUCAAAGAAUUUUGAUACAGUAUUUUUACGAAACAUUCCACAAUUUACCCUGGCAAAGAGGACCCAAGCUCGGAGAUUCAUAACUCUCAUUGAUAACUUUUAUGAUUUCAAGGUGCGCAUAAUUUGCUCUGCAUCAGCUCCUAUAUCAAGCUUAUUUUUGUAUGAUCAUCAUGACAGUGAGUUGGAGCAAAGCAGAAUACUGAUGGAUGAUUUGGGGCUGAGCCAGGACUCAGCAGAAGGACUCGCCAUGUUUACUGGAGAAGAGGAAAUCUUUGCAUUUCAGCGCACAAUUUCCCGACUCACAGAAAUGCAGACUGAACAGUACUGGAAUGAAGGAGACAGAAGCAAGAAGUAACCAUCACUUUUGCGUGAAUAAAACUCUGGACAAAUGAUUACUGCAGGGAGAACUCUUUAUUAUGGGACUUGAAGGAAUCAUUUUCUCAUCAUUAAUUAUGCACUUUGUCCUCUGGACCAUUUUUAUCUAAAAUUGCUGUCAAAGAUAUAGUGGUUUAGUAAGUUAAAGCCAUUUUUAGGUCUACUUUUUGCCUGUUUAUUUGGCCUUAUUUCUACACCACAAAAUUAAAAUCAGCACUCUUAUCAAGCUGAAUGUAGGACCAGGCAUUUUGGUUUCAUAUUAAGCUACCUGAAUGAACCUUGAAUACACACACACUCCGUAAACGCAGGGUAUCUGGACAUCUGUGAGCUUUUGGCUACCUGGUAGCCGCAUGAUAAAAACACAUCUUUAUGAGAGUGGAAGGAAAAAAACCUGCAUUUUAAUUCAAAACAAAAAAAGAUUUCUGAUGGGCUUAUCUCUGUGAUUGUUGGGGGCUGUAAAUUACUUUAAAUCUCCCAAGUCUUUAGGCUUCCUUACAGCAGAGAGUAUGUUUUUUACCCUGAGUUCAAGCUUUGCAGGCAGGACCUGAUCUCCAGUGGACACACAGCUGACUGAAAAAAAUCAAGGAUUAUGAAACCAUAGAAUAAGAAACAGGGGUGUCAAAUUUCAACCGACAGGCAGAUUCCCCCAACUCGGACAGCCCGGAAGACAAGCACCAGGAAUGGGGACCAGUGAGAGAGUGUCGGGAGGGGAGCACCCUGGACCACACUAAGCAGCAGAAUGGACUCUGCUCACUUGAGGCCAUAAAGACCCCGUGGACCGCAGCUCCUUCCCGCUGCUCACGUGUGUUUGCUCUGCUCGCAGAUGUCACUCCCACCCUUGCCUCUGCUUCUGCAGAGCGACGGGCUUGACAGUAAACGGGAAAGAACGUUCGCUUGACGAAUCUACUUAAAUGAAAUCUGAUUUGCCCUCCAUGGAAGUCAUUCCUUGACUCAUUCAAAUACAACCUGACUUUGCUAACUGUCACUCACAGAAGGAAUCUUGGUUGAGGCUGUUACAAGAGUCUAAAUCCUUAUUCAAGGAAAAAAAAAAAAGAGAAAAAGAAUGGAAAUCCACAAAUCUUGUGAAAAUUAAAUAUUUUGGGAGAGUAGGCACAGGUGAGUCAGUUUAAAUAAAUGAUUACAAUUAUAAACAUAAGUAAACUCUUGAAACUAUGUCAUUUAUAAGUUAAUAAUUUACCCAUACUAGUCUAUUUUGGACCUUAACCUAAGUCAAUCAGAUGGAUAGGUAGGGUACCCAAGAAUAACGAAACAUUUAAAUCAAAACUUCUGAAAAUUAAAUGCGAUUUGAAAAUAUUUUUAUUGAAGUGAAACAGUGAGUUCAAAAAGAUGUUAAACAGGUUACAAGGGAGAAAGGACAGGAAGUAACCACUGUGCCAGAUUUAUUGCUAGAAAGUUCUAAAUCUUGCAUAAAAAUAUAAUCCUCAAGAGACAAUAUAACCACCCCUGUUUAUAGACAAGAAAACCGAGGCUCAGAAAAGCAGCUUUACCGGAGAUUCAUCGUUUACAACCACAAAACUCACUCAGUAUGUUUUUUACCAUACCACCUCUAUAAAAGCAAGAUCAUUUUUAAGAGUAAUUCUUUUUUGUUUAAUACAUUUACAACAGAACCAUUACUUUGUACUCAGUAAGUAUAAAAUAUUUAAUUUUAGUCUUUCAGUCUAAGCUUUUUGUUUUCACAGGUUUUUUUUUUUUUUGGCCAGAUAUGUUAUCUGUUAAUAAAAGACAGUGUGAAUGCUAGACAGACUGACUGGUAGACAGUCCGCUUGAUAGAAAGAGGAGCUGUCCCUGAGUGUGUGGGUAUAUGUGAAUAGUCCCCCACUCAAGUUCUGUUGUACAAGUUCAUCUGAGGUCAGGUAUUUGAAACGAGAAUUUGAUUUUUCCAUAGAAGCAAUAAUGCGAUGUUAGUUAGGGCCCUAGCUAAAUGUACAGAAGCUUAUGGAGUUCUCAGUGCAAAUGCCUUAUAAUUUUGGUACUAAAGAACUUAAACUCCUUUUAAAAUACAGUUGCUGCAAGGUAAAACUAUAGUUCGGGUUCCACCUGAGUAACCAGAUCAUGUCUGCCCUUCUGUCCUGCCCUCUAGGCCCCCUUUCCUGGACCUGGUGGGACAGGCCAUUGCAGAAGGGGCUUGCUGAGAGUGGGGUCUAUGGGGAUGGGAUGAGGAGACAGUGUAAGGGUCUGUUAUAUCGGCCUAAGUACCAGAAGGAAAGAGGAGGGAUUAGCAGGAGGUAGCUGGAAAUGGUACAAUGUUAUUCCAUCUCCUCUCCACAAAUUGUUUCAUAAAAAAGCCUACAAGAAAAGAAGCAAAAGCCUUCAAGAAAACCUGUUACCUUGAAACAAUAUGGUAGUUCUGCUAAAAAGGAAAUUAAUGCCAAAAUGAGAUGAAAAUGACUCCUAGAUUGGAAAGCAUUUCAAUAUAUGUGUUGUUUCUUCCAAGUCCUGCCCCAGUUGCUGUCUCAGCAUUCCAGUCUUUCUCCCUGGGAUCAUGUGAAAUCUCUCAGAGCAGAUGCUCUGUCUCUCUUUUUGAACUGCUUUUAAUUUGUACUUGAAGAUGAGGUUUGAACUGACUGUUGCUGUGUUACACUUAAGAGGUGACCAAGGGUCAUGCUGAGGGUUUUUAUUGUUGGGAAAAUGCCUCCAAAAUGAUCACUAAUUUCCAAAUUUAAAAGAAAUCAAGUGGAGAAAAAGAAACACAUUUUAAAAAGAUAGAAACAUCUGAUCACUGCAUUAUUCUUGUAUUUCUUUAGACAAUGGAUAGGCUUAUCUGUUAACAUCAGUAAUAAUGACAUGGUAGACUUAAAGAAUUUUUAACCUAUUUCUGAUGUUUACAAGGCUCCAAAGACUAGUACUGUUCUAAUCAAAUUUAUGUAUUUUCAGUGGGAUUUCAAGUUUUAGUCAUAAGGCAUUAUUUUAUGCCCUCUGAAUAUAUUUCCUAUACCUAUAGGUGUGCAAAUAACAUAAUUUAAAAAU